AUGUAUUCUAGAAAGACAACCUACCUCUGGGCUCUUCUGGCCAUUGGCCAUACCAUUGUGUCGGGACUUCCAUCCCCUCAGCUCGACAACGAUGACCUCGACUGUGAACCAUGGGACGACGAGGCCGAUUCGACACAAAGCACUUCCUCCAUUCCAACCACAGCGACAGUCUCAGCAACGCCUCUGAUCUACCAACCAUCUAUCGCAACUACUCCUUCGCCUGUGACGUUCAUCACUUCAGUACGCAUAGCACAGGCCUCUUCGACUGGAAAUCCUUCUUCGACAAAUCCUUUUGUCGCUCCUGUCAAUUCUUUCGUUCCUGUCACCCCACCAAGCUAUGCUUUCUAUCUCCAAAGCAGUGGGAGUGGCAGCUCAGAUGGGCUCUAUGCUGCAGUCAGUGCCGGAGCUGGCGGCUUGGCCACAUUUACUGCAAGCAAGGAUUCAGCAACGAAGUUCACAAUCGACUCUUCUGGAGACCUUGUGGAACAAAGCCCUUCUCAAGGCUAUGUGGCCACAUUGGACCCAAUGACCAAUGCCCAGAAGGUGGGCUUUAAUGCAUACGGAGGAAGCAGUAGCCAAGGACGGCUCAACUGUCAGAGAGAAAGUGGGGUCCUCAGCUGCAAUAUGAAUGGAGUGCAGUAUCAUGCUGCCAGCUGUGGAGAUGAUGGAGCACUCUACUUUACAAUGACGGCCGCAGCUGGUUGUACCACAAUUGACCUUGUACCGGUCUUCCCCUGA